GGGCUUUGGUCUGUACAAAGAUAUUUAAAGAAAAAGUGAUAGAUAACUUUGUGGUAAAAUGGCUAAAAACGCAUCCAAAUGAUUAGGUUAUUCGACAUAGUAUCGCCAAGUCUUUUCUACGUCUUGUGUUGUGUGACUGUAUGAUACUUAUAGACCAGUUAAACCGAAGAAAAGUCGUCCUAAAGGGAGUGUUUUGGUCGUCUGCUGAAGACCGUAAUCCGCCGUGUGUUUUCUCGCGUACAGCUUGUUAUCUUUGCGGCGUCUGUCAGAUAAACACUUCUUUUGAUGCUACUUGUUAGCACAGACAGCUAGUGUUAGCUAGACAUUUAAACUGUGUCAGCGCUGUUUGGGAGACGUAAAUAGCUCACAAGCGGAUAUUAUUUAGCUAUUUCGAGAGCUAGUCUUGCUAACAGUGAUAUUCGUCGUUUUACUCCAGGCUAUUCGUCUGAAGGGGAUUUCACUUAGUCGUUUUAGUUUCGUUAAGGAUAUUACAUAAUGUGGCGGUAAGCUGUUGAUGUAGCCUCACAUCUGUUGACAGAAAUACGCUUUUAGACCGUCUUUAACGUUAGUAGCUGUGUUUACAAUGGGAAGCAGCAGGACAUACGUUAGCAUAGGAUAUGCUACCUUUGGUGCUGUGGUUGGACUUUCGGCUUUCUUGGUCUGGAAUAUCGCUUAUAAACAGCCAUGGACGGCGGCCAUGGGAGGCCUGUCAGGAGUUUUAGCGCUCUGGGCUCUUGUGACACACAUCAUGUACCUGCAGGACUACUGGCGCACCUGGCUCAAAGGUCUCAAGUUCUUCAUCGCUGUUGGAGUCCUCUUCUCAGUUCUGGCUGUGGCUGCCUUCAUUACCUUUCUAACUCUGGCCAUCACACAGGAGCAAUCUCUCACUGAUCCAAGGAGCCUCUACCUCUCCUGUGUAUGGAGCUUCCUGACCCUCAAAUGGUCUUUUCUCUUGGCUUUGUACUCAUACAGAUACCGCCAGGAGUUUGCAGACAUCAGCAUCCUCAGUGAUUUCUAGUCAGUACUGACUUCAUAGACUGCAUUGGACUUUAAGGGGUUUUAGGCAGCCAGCAGGAGCUGGUCAGUGAGCUUUUGUAACAAAAGUGGAGGAAAAGCAGACAUGGCUAGAUUAAACAGUCAUCUGACUUUAACCACACGGAGCUGCACUUGUUGCACUUGCUUAACAAGCUCUUUAUUUGUAUUGUAACCUGUUCUCCUACUUUUAAAGACCUAUAUAUUAUAGUUGUGUAAAAAGUCAAAACCUGUGAAGACUGGAACUGCUUUUAAAGGAGUUGCUGGAGGCUUUUUUGUGAAGAGAUAAGUAGGUGGUUUUUCAGACAGAUUUCAUUGUCAAACAGUAUGUGGAAGGAAAUUCCCAAUAUAAGAGGAUUUUAAUCCAGUAAUUAGUUGUUCAAAUGAAAACCAAAACUAAAACUUUCUACCUGAAUCAAUUUUAAUAGUAGGUUGACAGUGUUCGUUGGGAGUGCUUGAAUGUUUGCAUCUAAAUUAGCUUUUUAAUAGUUGGAGAGCCAAACUGCAGAAUACUCACAUCUCCAGAUUAUCAUUGCUGCAAUAUCGCCUAAAGGCUUUUAGCCCCCAUCAUCAUCAGUUUGGCAAUUUAAAAACAGUUUGUUUUUUUUUCCCAAAAUAGGCACCGAUAUGAAUAGCUGCACUCUGGUUUAAAGCAUACUUCUGAGAGAUGUUAAUGUACUCAGAUAAAAUCCUUCAUACUCUUUUCUUCACAUAAGUGAUAAGGAAGUGUUUGUCAUGCCUGAAGAAAAAGCAUUCAUGUGGGAUUCGUGCUUUGCAUCUUUUGUUCCACCAGAGGGAGAUGUGCUUUUCCUGUCAAUAGUCCGUUUGAAUAUUGUUACAUUCCCCUUUUGGAGAAAACACAAAUGUAUUUAAUAAAUAUUUGCACUUUAGUCUAUGAUGUUGAUGCCAUUGUUUUGCACAGAUUCUGAUGCAAUGGAGCAAAAUCAUGUUUUACACAUUGUCAUUUCUGUCUCACCCUUUAUAAUGUUACAGUACACUGUUUAUAUGCAUCAUUUUCCCCACCAAGUCGAAUUUUAUCAGUAAAGUUAAACUAGGCUUUGUAAUUGGUUUAGUUCCUGCUGUAGCUUACGUCUACCCUUUGCCAUAAAAUGUAAAAUUGUAUUUUUGUCGACGAGUGAAUGAAUGUGUGGAUGCUACAUGUAUAUAGAAACUGAACCAUUAAAGAUGCAUUUAUUGGUAA